UUAGCUUUUUGGACAUAAACUCUCUUUCAAUCCUCUUUCAACCGAAGACUCAAUUAGAGCUUUUUGGCCUGAAACCCUAUCAUAACUAAAACCAUCUCUCUCAGUCUCUCCCUCUCGUUCGUUACCUUUGCGACCUCGAUCAGUAGUUCAGUACCACCCUCCCCUCCGGCGACUUUACGAUCUCACCACCAGAAACCCCGUCGUAAGCCUUCCUACCCGACCCCGCAACCUCACCACCAGAUGACUUGGAUGUCUGAUUUUUGAAUAGCUAUUUCACGAAAUCUGUAGUUAUUCUGAAGAGAGACUUGAUGGGUCCAAGAUGGAAAGGGAAGGGUGCUGAAGCUAAAGGCCUUGCAGAACCAAUGUCAGAAAUAGUUUCAGCACUUCAAACAUGCCUAACCACAUCAGAAUGCAAGGGGUCGAUAUCUGGAAGCAAGGUUUUGUUUGAAGCAGAUACCGAACAAUCUGAGCUUCUGAACCGUGCAUGUUUUGGUCGGGUUAUUAGAGCCAGCCAGAAGGAUGAACAUUGGUACGAACUUACUUUACAAGAGGCUUUUUAUUUGUGCUAUAUGUUGAAGUGUUUGAAAAUUGAAGGAGACGAUGGCGUUGUGAAAAGUUACGAAGAGUUGUGGCAGUUUAUGAUUUCAAAAUUUGAAAUGUUUCCUGAGUUUUUCAAGGCUUACUCUCAUAUGAGAAUGAAUAAUUGGGUAGUGAAAUCAGGAUCUCAAUAUGGUGUUGAUUAUGUUGCUUAUCGCCACCAUCCAGCUUUGGUCCAUUCAGAAUAUGCAAUUCUUGUACUAUCAGGAAGAAAAGAUUGUGGACGGCUAAAGUUAUGGUCCGAUAUGUAUGGCACAGUUCGGCUUUGUGGUGGUGUUGCCAAGACAUUGCUAGUUUUACAUGUUUUGGGCAAUAAUAACGACACUAGUUCUGCAUUAUGCUUGAGCAAUUACGAUAUAGAAACACGUACAAUCUCUAGAUGGAUUCCAGAGCAAACUCGUGAAAAAAAAGAAUGAGUCUACAAUGAACGUCAUGUAUUACUAUGUAUCGGAAGUGAUUUGUACUGCUAUGUACUACUAAGAAAUUACUAAUUGAUUACUUUUAUAAGGAUUAAUUAUUAAGUAAACCUUCUUCUCUCUCAAAAAA